AUACUCGACGAAAGAAAAAAUACACACAAAAUCUGUGUUCCCUAUAUUUUCGGAACAAACUACACCUGUUUAUUAUAUUUAUUCACAUCUCUUGAAUGUUGUGCAUCGUCGCAUCGUAGAUAGACUGGUUUUGUAAACAUCUGCCUGCCGGCCAGACCUGCUAGUGCAGCAGUGGCCCGGGAAAGAUGCUUCCGGCCACGGGAUUGUUUCGGACCAUUAAUUGUCCCUUCUACGAGAAAGAUCUCUGCACCAGGCCGUUCUGCCACUUCAAGCACGCAAAAACAGUUCCACCUCCGGUUGUGAAAUACAGUGCCACUCCGAAAAGCCUGCUCAGCCAACCGGGAGUGACGGACCAAACCGAUGGAGGAGCUGACCCGAUCGUACGAAAGAAGCCCAAGCUGGAAUACAUCCCCGUGUCCACCGUUGCUCCGAAGUAUAUUCCGUCCAGCGCUGCAAAACCGCCACUGCAGCCAAACAAUACGAAUGGCGAAAAAGUACCAGAAACUGAUUCGACCGAAAGCAACGAUCAAUCGACCGCAGCAGUACCAGAUAAGCCAAAACAACCGCAAGAUGAUGCGGUCAAGGAGGCACCACAGGUGGAGACGGAUGACGUUUCUGUCAGCAAACCAGCAGCGGAAAAGGGCACAGAAAAGAAGGAAGUUGUGGAGACAGGAAAGAAGCAAGAAAAGGGCGAGAAUGGUGUGGCAAAAUCCCCCGUUGAGAAGAAAUCAUCAGAGGAAACGAAACAUCACAGCAGCUCUUCGAAGCACCAUCACUCGUCGAGCAGUGAUGCCAAUCGAAAAAAAGACUCCAGCCAUCGUAGUCACAGCUCUAGUUCCCGGUCGAAAUCUUCAUCCUCAUCGCACGACAAAAAGCAUCGAUCAUCCGAAUCAUCUAGCAAAGAGAAAUCCAGCAGCAGCACCACCACUAGCAGUAGCAGUAGCAGUAAAAACAAACAUCGAGAUAAAGAAAAGGAAAGUUCCAGAAGCCACUCGUCGAAACAUUCCUCGGACCGGGAUCGGCAUCGAAGCUCAUCGGAAAAGGAGCGAUCGCACAGUAAAAGCAGCUCUUCCAAGAGCAGCAGCAGCAAGAGUAAAAGCAGCACCAGUAAUAGUAAUAAUAGCAGUAGCAGCAGGAAAAAGGAACACCACAGCAGCACAUCGUCCUCCUCUUCGUCGGCCAAAUCGUCCAGCAAAUCUGGCGCAACGGAGAAAACUGCUGCACCGGAACCCAAACGUACGCCGGCGCUCGAGGAAGAAAUCUACCAAGAGCUGAUAAACAAUCCGCCGAGCGACAUCGAUAUCGACAGUGACGAGGACGACGUGAUGCAGCAGUGUAAAAUGAUCUUUGAAGAGUACGAAGCGGACGAACCGAAAGCUCAGCAGGAGGAAACCAAAUCGAAUGGGCAGGUUGAUCUGAUAGACAUGUUCGCGGAUAAGUACUACGAUGACAAUCGGAAGAAGCGCGUUGCAUACGAUAACGCUACCACAUCGAAGCUAACGCCGGUGGUAGAGAAGAAAACAAACCACAUGCAAAAUGCAAUCAAAUCGGUCUAUCUGCGACAGGAGAUCGUACGAAAGCAACAGGAGGAGCUGGCGGCGAGAAAGCGAGCUGAGGAGGAAUUGAAACGGCAAGUCGAGGAGGAAACCCGUAAAGCGAUGUCAAAACCCGCCGUUAUCCCGCCUCCCAGCAAUGGAACGUCCAUUUUACCUGUCAGCACUAACGUGUUCUACAACAAAUCUCCCGAAACGAGUGUCACCCCGCCCAAAAGUCGGUUUACACCCGCCGUCAAUGUGCUCGCCUUCCAGAGGGCGAAGGAAAAGAUUGAGCAGCUGAAAAAGAAUCAGUCACCGUACACGCCCGCCCAAACAGCUCCCAAGACGGGAGCACGCGUAGCCCAUGCCGGAUCGGUGCUGGCGUCAAAAGCGGCUGCUGCGCCGGCGGCACAAGCACCGCCGAUACUGGAACCGGCGUCGAGCAAAAUAUCGUACAACAUUCGGAUGCAGUAUUACGGGCUAAUGGUGAAGCACUGUUUGAACAUUUACCCCACCAAUGAGGAUGCCUGGGAACGCGCACAAACGGAAGAAUUGGCGGUGAUGAAGAAAUGCAGCACCGCCAUGAUUUACAAAAGCAGUGCGCUACUAACCAUCAACAAGCUGCGCAAAGAGGCGCUCGAAACAGGGAAUGAAGCAGCAGACAAGAACAAAACCGUAUCACACGAUGUCAUAUUGGCUGGGAAAAUGGUACACAACAUAUCCUGGAGUGUCAACAAGAAAUUGAAAACGGAAGUUAAAACAUCCGCAUACACAAUCGACAAUGCACCCAGCACCGUGGCGUACAAAAUGAUCCACGAGUGCAAGCUGACAGAGGAGCAAAUGCGUGCGAAUGGCUUCCCUCGUGCCACCGAGGUUGCCGGAAAGGCAAAAAUAUUCACCCCGAAACCAUCGCGGCCACCGAACGAAAACGAACGCUACUGUUCCCGCUGCUCCAAAGUGUACAACCUGGAAACGUACGAUGAGCCACAGGUGGACGCGUGUAACUAUCAUCCGAAGAGCACCUGCUAUCGGCGCGGCUUUGCGGACAAUCUGCACAACUGCUGCCAGCAACCGUCCGGGACGCCCGGCUGCAUGUAUGCAAACUAUCACGUGUCCAGCUUCAUGGACUAUGACAAUCUAACCGGGUUCGUGAAAACGAUCGCACCGGCCGAAGACUACGAACCGUCAAAGAAGGAUAUAUUCGCGCUCGACUGUGAAAUGUGCUACACUACGGCCGGGUUAGAAUUGACACGCGUUACCGUGGUCGAUAUUAACGAAAAGACUGUCUACGAUACGCUCGUGAAGCCGUUGAAUCGAGUAGUUGAUUACAACACAAGAUUUUCGGGCAUCACAGAAGAAAUGUUGCGUAAAACUACCACAACGCUGUACAACGUGCAAGCCGUGCUACUGUCCAUGUUUAAUGCGGAAACCAUUCUCAUCGGACACAGCCUGGAAAGUGACUUUAAAGCGCUCAAGUUGAUACACGACGUGGUGGUCGAUACGUCCGUGCUGUACCCACACAAGAUGGGUCCACCGAAGAAGCGUGCGCUGAAAACACUGUGCAUAGAGAAUCUGAAGAAAAUUAUUCAAGAAAAUGAUGCUGGACACGACAGUGCGGAAGAUUCUGUUGUCUGCAUCCAACUGAUCAAACACUACCUGCGUAAUCGCAUUCUAUGAUCGAUGCGUUCCCAAAUUGAAAUCCGCAAAAAAGCACGCAAGGAGCAUGCGUUUUUAUACGUGUGCGCUCGCACGGCAUCGGCAACAAAUUGUGGCGCCACUCGUGAUUCUCACAAACAAAUUAAGGUAGUAUGCUCGCGGCUACCAAUCCUGAACAUCGAUAUUUAUUUGUACAUGCUCAACGUUUUGAUAAUGUACAACCUGUUAGUUCGUUGAACGUAAUUGAACUAUCAAUAAAUUAUUGUCAACCCUC